CGAAGCUCUCUCACUCUCUUCUUCUUCUUCUUCUUCUUCUUCUUCAUUCUCAUGAGGUUUAUGGUUCACAGAUUAAUCAAAGAUGGAGUCUUUGAUGUGAAUUCGCGUCCUGGAACAAUCCAUUGGGUUCGCAGAGUCUUCUCCAAAUGCUGCCGAGUUUCUUGAUCCAUGGAAAUCAGUAGAAGAGUUAGUGCUGGUCCAAGUCUAGUAACAGUGAAGCUUCCGAUGGAUUUCCCUGCUGGGCUUAGGGUUCUUGUCGUUGAUGAUGAUCCUUUGUGCCUUAGAACCAUUGAGAGAUUGCUUUGGAAUUGUCAUUAUGAUGUCACUACUUGUCCGAGGGCAGACACUGCACUCUCCAUGGUAAGGGAGAGAAAGGGAGGCUUUGAUCUUAUACUGAGUGAUGUCCAUAUGCCUGAUAUGGAUGGUUUCAAGCUCCUCGAGCUCAUUGGAUUAGAGACUGAUCUCCCUGUUAUCAUGAUAUCGGCUGAUGAUGGGAAGGAUGUAGUCAUGAAAGGUGUCACUAAUGGCGCUGUGGAUUACAUUGUAAAGCCGGUGAGAAUUGAGGCUGUGAAGAUUAUGUGGCAGCAUGUAGUGAGGAAGUAUCAGAUGAAAAAAAAGGUUUUGGAGCCUGUGGAAUGUGCGGAGGAGAAGAAAGCCGAUGAGAAUGGUGAUAAUGCGUCCUUGGCAGAGGAUGAUGAGAGCUGGAAGAAUGGCAAUAGGAAAAAGGAUGAAAAUGAUGGAGAAGAUGAAGAUGAGCAAGGGGAAGAGUCACCGCCACUGAAGAAGCCUCGGGUGGUUUGGUCUUCUGAACUCCACCAAGCGUUUGUUUCUGCAGUGACUCGACUUGGCAUCGACAAGGCUGUUCCGAAGAAAAUUCUUGAGAUGAUGGAUGUUCCGGGCAUUACAAGAGAAAAUGUUGCUAGUCACUUGCAGAAAUUUCGUUUGUUUGUGAAGAAAAAUAACAUACUCGGCGAUCAAAAGCAAUUGUCUGAUGGCACAAGGGCAGGAUACGCUCCAAUCAAUUCAGUCAGCUCCUUCGAUCUUCAAGGUCCUCAUAUUCCUGGUCAACAUAUGCUGCAAAACCAAAUGAAUCUGCGAUCUGGACCAAGACAACUCGCAGCAACGGGGUCAACCUUAUCACUUCUUGAUCGGAUGAAUCGCUUCAAUUCCAAUGCUCAAACUUCAAAUACUUCAAGAAUUGUACCAUGGGAGCAAUCAUUCAACAAUCGGCAAAUGAACUCGAUCUUGAGAUCUCAAACUAACAUGGAAUCAAGGCAGUCACAGCAAGUGCUCCAAUCAGACUCCAAUCUCGGUCUACAAGCAACGCAAGGAACACCGAGCUUUCUGGAUCCUUUUCCUACGAGUACAAACCUUGCAUUUAAUUUGACCACCAGCAGUGCUUGCCCAGUGAACUCCAUUCAGCAAAGCCGACAAUUCGAUCAAUUUCGACAGCAAAACAAUUUCACUGCAGACGUGUCUACAAGGGGGCAAUUAAUGAAUGGAAUCUCAGGUGAACUUGAUGAUGUGCUUUUGUCAAACUUAUGCCAGCAGAUAACAACUCCAAAUUCUCAUGUUGGAGGCACAUCAGCAGCUGAAACUUUGCUGCCUAGUUCAUACGGUUCGGCUUCUCAAACUUUAUAUCCUUGUGUUGGGGACAACUACACAAAUGCAUUGGCAGGAAAUUCUUUUCCUCUGGUAACCAGCACGGCCACACGGGACAUCUUGCCAUUAGGUAUGUUCGGGGAAACUGUACCUCCAAGAAGCGACAUUGAAUUACUGGAUCACAUGAUUGGUUCAAAACCGGAAGACAACUUUGCUCCAAACCAUUGGAACAGUAACAGGAACACCGGCAUUGAGAGCAAUGUGGUUAUGCCAAACGGAACAGAGACCACCGAUUGCAAUAAAAUCACCGGUGCAGUUCAAUGCAGUAACUCCAUUACAGCUGAAAGUUCUGCAGCAGUAACCACGAACGAUGUGCCAGAAUCAAGUAUUAAUGUUUUCCCGAACGAGCUAAAGAAUGUGGUUUCAGAUCAGUUUCUGCAGCAAGAAGGCAUUGGAGUGAUCGAUACUGAGUUUAACUAUGAAGCUUUUUCGAUGGAUGACAUUUUGAAUUACACACCGGGGCCUUUACCGAUGUAGUAUCUUUCCUGAAUUUGAUCCAUUCUUUGUAGUGCUUUUUUGCUGAUCAAUAAGCAAAAUUUUGGUUCAUCUAUUUCAAGCUAACAGCAGAGGUAGAUUUGCAUGGUGGUUUAGGGUUUAUUUAGGGGUUAUUUAGGGUUGGGCAAUAACCAUGGGACAUUAAGCUUAUUGUUGCUUAAUUUCUCUCUAUUUUUUUUCAUAAAUUAACUUCUUUAUGUACAUGU